GGUUUCCGGUGUUAUGGCGACCACCGGCAACAUCUUCGCUUCUGUUUCGAAAACAACCGGCUUUGCUUUCAGUACUUCAUAGGUGAGGUUGUAACCAGCCAGCAGUUUUUAGUCACCCCUCCAUCUCCGUUAUGAUCGCUCAGACAACAGUAGGAAACAGAGGGCUGUGAAGAGAACGGCGGCUGUCUCACAUGUCUGUGUAUUCCUGACUAUGCUGCUCUUGGUAGCGCUGGGCAUAGUUUUUUCGUCCACUGUGGUCACCGCUGAGAGAGCUGAGAGCAUCAACGACAAUCCACUAUCACCGCUGCUUAACUACAGCAGCAUCUCCCUGCCGCCAGAGCACCUACCCUACUACUUCUACAACAACAAGAGGGUCGCCAAGCAAUGCCGCCUGGACCCUCUCUGCCCUUUUAAACAGGAUGCACUGCAGGAUCUGUCUGCCUGUUGGGGAUACGAGAAGAAUUGUGAUCCAGGGAAGCGCUUCAGCUAUCCAGUCUGUACCAAAGCAGACUCUGCAUGGGCCCGUUCACUGGAGGCCGCCCAGGAGCUUUUCUGGAAGCAGGCAGAUUUUGGCUACGUCAAGGAGCGCCUCUCUGAGCUCGAAACACUCUGCAAGGCCACCAAGCCAGGGGACUCCUCUCUAAGAUGUAGUAGCCAAACUCGCUUCUGUAAGGCAACAAACCUUUAUCUGGACCUGCGUGAGCCGCGCAGAGGUCAUGAGAGAUACAAGGAGGACUUCAUCCAGCAAGGAGAGAUUGGUGGUCGAUGCAGGCUCAACAAGCCGGCACUCGCUGCACAGGGAGAGCACAAGAGCCCCUUGCAAUCGUGGUAUGCUGAGCUGCAGACAUACACAGAGCUGGACUUUGAUCCCAUAGAGGAUGGACACUGUGACAUCGUCAUUGAGAAGCCCACUGUUUUCAUGAAACUAGAUGCUGGGGUGAACAUGUACCAUCACUUCUGUGACUUUGUCAACCUCUACAUCUCCCAGCACAUCAACAACUCCUUCAGCUCCGAUAUCAACAUCGUCAUGUGGGACACGAGCGUUUAUGGUUAUGGAGAUCUGUUCGCUGCAACAUGGAGGGCCUUCUCAGAGUACGACAUCAUCCACCUGAAGACCUACGACUCGAAGAGAGUAAGUGUGAUGUCACCUCUGUGAUCCUUGUGCGCUCCUUCUUUGUAUAGGUCUUGGCCUUUGGUCCACAUCUUUUUUGUGCUUAACACUAGACCCGCCAGAGGUCGCUGUAUAC